GAACGAACGCAGAGAGCGGCAGCUUCCUUCCCUCUUAAAUUAGCUUCUACAUAUCGUCCCUUGGUGUUUUAUUUAACUGAGAAGUAGAGCAUUUGGUGAUCUCUAGCUAUGGCCGUUCCUCCUUCCGCCUCCCGCACAUCUUCUUCUCCUCUCCCUUCUCCUCCCCAUUUCGCCCCCAUCCAAGAAGAAGAAACAGAACAAGAAGAGCCGGAGCCGGAGCCGGAGCCGGAGCCCGAGAAGAGCACCGCCGCCACAUACCAUCACCAACCCACACCUCUCCACCCUCCUACCAAAUCCUCCCGCCGCGAAGACCUCUCAGUUUCCUGCAGCAAGUGCCGCCCCUCCUCUCGCGACAAGAUCACCGUCGUCCCGCUUGACCCCAACGGCCAAAAACGCCCCUCCUCUGUUCCUGGUUCGACUCCCAACAGCCUACUCCGAUCCCUCUUUAGCGCGUUAGCACGCAAAACCCCUCCCCACGCAACAUCCACUCCUUUUUCUUCCUCCGAAGCCCAAGACAACAGCGAGUGGAAGCUCACGGCGGCGGACCUCUCCCGCAAACUCCUCCAGGUCACCCGCAAGCGCGACGAGGCUCUCCUCGAAGCCUCCCGGCUCAAAUACUCCGUCUCCGAGCUCGAGCGCAAGCUGAACCGGUUGGAAUCUUAUUGCCGCGAUCUCCAGGCCUCACUCGACCGCAGCGCAACCGGCCCAACCUCGGCUACUGUCGAGCAGUUCCUUCUCGCCGUAAAUGAAUCCCGAACUGCCGUCCGUCACUUGAGCCGGUGUUUGAUAACCCAGCUCCGAGCCGCGCCGCGGUCUAUGGACCGGCUUGGGUCUCUUCUCCAUUCCCACGGUUUGGUUAAAACGAACCCGGGGAGCUUGAUCAUGGGGUUGGAGUCGGUUCUAAACCGGGUUUUCUACUCCGAUUUCGAGCGGGUGGGGGAGGGCGAGGGGAUGCUGGCGGACCCUGCGGACCGGUGCAAGGCGAACUUGGCCGCUUAUGAGGCUGUCCGUGGACUGUGCUGGGAGGAUGUAUUGAGUAAGGGGACGCGGCAUUACAGUGCGGGUCUGAGCCGGUUCUGCGACCGGCGGAUGAGCGAGGUGGUGGGGAUGCUGGGCUGGGCUCGAGCCUGGCCGGAAGGCCUUCUGCAGGCCUUUUUCGGGGCGGCCCGGGGGGUUUGGGCGGUUCAUCUGCUGGCCCGGUCGGUGCACCCGGCUCUGCCUAUCCUCCGGAUAGAUCGGGGAGCCCGGUUUGAUCCGGUUUACAUGGAGGACUCGACCGGGGAGAAACCGACGGCGGGCGAGGUGAUUAUGAUGGUGGCCCCGGGGUUCUACGUACACGGUGCGACUUGCAAUGUGGUGAAGUGUAGGGUGCUGAUGGUGUCGGGGGAAAAGAGUGAACGUAGCGGUGGGGGUCAAAAGAAUGAGAGGGUUUAAUUUGCAAAUUUCAGAAUUUUGAACUGUGGACAGCAUUCGGAUUUAAUAAUAUUAGUUGGUUUUAUGUGUAUGAGCUUUGUACGUUAGAUAAUUUGUCCGAGAGAAGAAAUUAAAAUUUUACAUACGUAUUAAUUAAGAAUAAUAUGACAAUUUAUAAAUUUA